UCAGUGACGUUGCAAAGGGCGACACGGCGGCUGCCAAAGUAAAGAUGGCGGACCUGUCGGGGACCAGCGAGCUGUCAGAGGAGAAAGAAGCAGAUACUGAGCUAAAGAAACGGCAGAAACGACCGUGGGAUGAUCUGCACAAGUCCGGUAAAAUCGGUUUACCUCCGGAACUGCCGGAAACGUUGAGCUUUUACGAUAUAAGCGCUGCCAGGAGAGAAGAACGGGAGCAGCCAGCAGAUCCGUCGUUGACGCGCUUCAUUAGCGCAGAGCUCACCAGAGGCUACUUCCUGGAGCACAAUGAGGCAAAGUACACCGAGCGCAGAGAGAGAGUUUACACAUGCAUGCGUAUUCCCAAGGAGCUGGAGAAGCUGAUGAUCUUUGGCAUCUUCCUGUGUGUGGACGCCUUCCUGUACGUCUUCACCCUGCUGCCCCUCAGGGUGCUGCUGGCCGUGCUCCGCCUCCUCACCCUGCCGUGCUGUGGCUUCAGGGCACGCACAUGCCCCUACUGCAGAAGAAGCAGUGGGUCUCGGCUGCUGCAACCAGCGCAGGUAUGCGACGUGCUGAAGGCUCUGAUCAUGGUGCUGUGCUUCUCCAUGAUGCAUUAUGUCGAUUACUCCAUGAUGUACCACCUGAUCAGAGGACAGUCUGUCAUCAAACUAUACAUCAUCUACAACAUGUUGGAGGUGGCUGACCGGCUCUUCUCCUCCUUCGGUCAAGACAUCCUGGACGCUCUCUACUGGACGGCCACUGAACCCAAAGAACGGAAGAGAGACAGUAUAGGAGUUAUUCCUCACUUCCUCAUGGCCGUCUUUUAUGUCUUCCUCCAUAGCAUCCUCAUCAUGGUUCAAGCCUCCACCCUCAACGUCGCUUUCAACUCACACAACAAGUCUCUGCUCACCAUCAUGAUGUCCAACAAUUUUGUGGAGAUCAAAGGAAGUGUGUUCAAGAAAUUUGAGAAGAACAACUUGUUUCAAAUGUCAAACAGUGAUAUCAAGGAGCGGUUCACCAGCUAUGUUCUCCUCCUCAUCGUCUGUCUCAGGAACAUGGAGCAGUUCUCAUGGAACCUAGACCACCUGUGGGUGUUGUUCCCUGAUGUCUUUAUGGUCGUGACCUCAGAAGUUGCUGUUGAUGUCAUUAAACAUGCUUUCAUCACCAAGUUCAACGACAUCACUGCAGAUGUGUACAGUGAAUACAGAGCCAGUUUGGCCUUCGAUCUCGUCAGCAGUCGACAGAAGAACGCUUAUACCGACUACAGUGACUCAGUGGCUCGCAGGAUGGGCUUCAUCCCUCUGCCUUUAGCUGUUCUGCUCAUCCGAGUGGUAAUGAGUUCGGUGAAGGUGCAGGGAGCUCUGUCAUACACAUGUGUGUUCCUCUGUUAUCUCGGGCUUGUUACACUCAAAGUGUUGAACAGUAUUGUGCUGCUGGGGAAGUCGUGUGUUUACGUCAAGAGGGCCAACAUGGAGGACAAACUGUUUGAGAAGCCCCCCGCCGCUCCAUCCUCCUCUGGGAAAGCCCCCAGCAAAGCUGACCAGGCCAGAUGUCCCACACCUUCAGGUGAAUCCAAGAUGGAGCAGAACCCUGCCGCACCCUGCCCACCACCGUCUUCCUCCUCCUCCUCCUCCUCCUCCUCCUCCUCUUCCUCCUCUGUGACCACCCAGCCGACUCCCAGGACUGACUUGUUUCCUCCCCCUUCCACUGAUCCCUCUCCUGCUGCUCCAGCUAGCCGUCCUCCAACUCCACUACCUGAACAACCAACCCCUUCACUCUCCAAAGAAGAGGAGGGUGAGGCACAAGGAGCCUCUGAACUGAAGCACAGGACUCCCAAAAAAGACUUGCUGGAGAUCGACCGUUUCACAAUCUGUGGUAACCGCAUCGACUGACCAGUGGGCAGCCGUUGAUGUAGCGAUGAACCACUCAGGAAAGACUGAGAGCAACGGGCCGGCUCUCCUGGCCAACAGCAGCAGAAAGCUGAGUAUUUAUUAAAUUCAGUGGCAAUACAGGAAGUUAUUGUGAACAGAAGACGAUCCUGCUGUUGUUGAAGCCUGAAGUCGAGGAAGUUUGACUACUUCGGCAGAGAAAAGUGAGACUGUGGCAGCUCAGUCGUCAGGAUGAACUGUCAUGUUAGUGUGUAUGUGUGUGUGGAUGGUUCAGUAUUUGAAUGUGCAGCUGUGAGAAUGUGUGUGUGUGAAACAGCGUAUGUGUGAGCACACAAGCACUUCCUGUCUGAGCAGCACUGGGACCCGAAAGAAAGAAACUUCUCAGUUCGCUCAGCAGCCUGAAACCAAACUUCCAAACUCUCACAUUUAAAAGGAAACACCUGAAUCAUUCCUCAUUGCUUCAAGUGUUUCCUUUUUCACCUAAUUAAAAUAAAUAUUAAGGUUCAUUUUGUAAGAAAAACUAGCCUCUUUUUUUUUUUUUUUACAGCAGAGCUUUUAUAAUCAGACUGUGAGCUUACUUAAACAAUUCAACUAAGACAUUUAGAUCUGGAAUUAAGAGGUUCCUUCAAUAAUGGACUUGAAGCCAGUGGUUCCCAACCUGAGGGUCAUGACCUGCACAAGGUGUAAUAAGAUAAAUUUGGUUGGUCACGAGGUGAAGCAGAGAAAACAUUCAACUCUUCACACCUCUGGUGACGAGGGGGUCACAAAUAAAAAGGCGAAGUCCCUCCCGUUCUGGUGGACCCCAUGGGACCAUGGUGGUUCACUGGAAGAGGCGGGACUUCAGCUCUCUAUGGUUUGUUUUAAAUGGUCACAACCAAAUCAAAAAGGGUGGGAAACACAGCUCUAAGCAGUCACACACUGACUAUUCAGUCUGAAGUCGGUACCUCCGUGGGACUACAGUAAGUGAAGCAUUGCUUUACUUUCCGACAUCAUUUGAUGUUGAUGUACGAACGCAACUUUUAAUUAGAGCCUUAAGUAGAGCCUUUCGUUUACACAGCCGACAGAUAAAGUCAUUCGCAGCACACACGGCACCUAAAGGACCUUUCAUUAAAGGAACCAGUCAGCGCGCGACGUCAACAGAAGCUGCCGGUCAAAUGCUGCUCAAAGUGCCGACACUAAAUCUGCUGCUUCUACCAGCCGCUUCCAACAGCCAGACGUGUUUCAGAGGUCCAUUUAAAAACUAUGAACAAAGAAAAACUUUAUUUAAUAAAACACUGAAGAUAAUGUUAAUUCUCCUCUUGCUUAGGGAACAUUUUUCAAAUCGCUUUAUACAGAAUAUAUUAGACUACAAAUCAUCUAAUCUUUAGAAAAGAGUCUUCACUUUGUCCCCCAAGGAUUAACGUCACAUUAAUUAGCCGGAGUCAUUUCAAGUCAUUUCUUUCAUUCUAAAGAAGGUUUGCACUGAUGGACCGUAUUGUCUUAAAUACGACGGGUCACGUUUCUCAUUCGACUCUCAAGUAAUGAUCUAAUGUUUACAUCGUAGAAAAUAGAAGCAAUAUUUACACAACAAAAUGCCUUUUUUUUGCAUGUGCGUUUUUACAUUUUGUUGACUGGCCUUGUAAAAUCAUUUGCUAUGAUUAAAAAAUGUACUUUUAUUGCAAUGACAAAAUCUAUAAAUGACAUAUAUCAUCCAGCUUUCAUUUGUCACCCAUGUAUGUAAUUGAGUGGAAAAUAUAAUAUAUAAUAUUAUUAUUUUAUCAGUUUUACAAUUAAAUGCCGAGCCAUAAUGUUCAAGCAGCCAAAUAUUGAAUUUGUGUAAGAACUCAAUGACUUUUGUUAUCUGAUCCAAAGUGGUUAAUAAUGGUACGUUGUGAAGCACAUUAUACUUUGUGCCGUCUUUACAAGGUUAAACUUUGCAUACAGGUAUUUUACAGCAGCCGCUCUGUGCAGCGAGCUGAGUAGUUUUAGCAGAAUUAUAUAGACAAAUACAUUACUUGUACAAGAUAUAAUUAUUGGGGUUCAAAUCAAACUAAAUGCUGGUAAAUUUUAACAUAAUCUACGAAAGAAAUCACUUCUCUUUGAGUUAAAGUUUCUUCACUCUUAAUUUUGUUUGCGUGUCUGCCUUGUUAAUCACACAUAUAACACAGUAAUAUAUUUUAAAGGUUUUUUUUAAACAAGCUGUGAUGAUGUAAAGUGGAGCCUCAUAAUUUACUUUAAGUAGAAAGAAGAUGUAUAUAGAAUGUAAACACAUCUACAGUUUGAUUCUGUUUUAAAAGGUUGUUUAUAUUGUUCAUUGUAAUAAGGAAGAUUGUUCUAUUUUUGGAGCUGCCGAUUGUGAUAUGAUAAUAUUUUAUGCGCAUGAAAUCUGAUUCUCCUCAGUCCUUCAUGUGGUUUUGGGAAAUGUCUCGUCUCCACUGGCCUGAGCUCAGUCUUGUUGUGGUCUGUCCGGCUCACUGGUCCAAGUCCGGACAGGAGAUCAACCUGAACCUGACUGGACCACAACUGGACCACAACUGGGCUCAACCAAGCUAAUGGAGACGAGGCAAACGUGUUCGAUGGUCCAGUACACUGCCUGCUUUGUUGCUUCAUUUUGGUUCCUUAUUUAAUUCCUACCUCGAUAUUGUAUGAAAAUGACCCCUUUUGGAUUAAUAAAAGUUUGUUUCUUAAA